CCAAACAAGAAAAGUCUUCCCCCUCAAUCGAUCGCGACGAUGAGCAUCCGCCUACGCGCUUCCCCAGGCAUCGUACUUCCCGAACCUGAAGACGAAGAUGACCUUGGAAGUGUUUCAGGCUCAGAAUGCGACGACGACGACGAUGAAACUUGGGAAGAUUGGGUUUCGGAUUCCAAUCCUGGCAACCAACCUUGCAAGUCACUUUUUGAAGAUAAAACUCUUCGGUCUGCGGAUGCUGCUGUCGAGUAUGACAAGUCGAAUUAUGGGUUCGAUCUCAACCAGUUUUGUUCCAAGUUGUCUCUAGACGUUCAUGGACGCAUUCGACUGAUCAACUUUAUUCGGAAAACAGAACCUUCGCCUGAAAAUGUCUUGCAAAUGAACGGUUCAGAGACUUGUUUGACUUCAGACGAAUACCUGAAGCCUGUUGUUGAAGAUGACCCAUUACUGCAACUGCAAUCGGACGAUUGGUCUGAUUCUGAAGAUGAGCAAGCCAAUCCCGAAAAACGUAUCAAGGUUCUUGAAAAGAAACUCGCACAAGCACGAGCAGAAUUUGAAGCCUAUCGCGCUCUUGUCAACCAACGUUUCGAUCUUAUCGAGGCUGCACCAGAUGCACCUGCAGCUGAGAGUGCACCCAAAACAAGGGACGACGAUUCACACUAUUUUGAAAGUUACGGUGCGAAUGACAUUCACGCCGUCAUGAUCCAAGACCUUGUCCGAACAUCCACCUACGCUCGAUACAUCCUCCAAACUCCCACCAUCUUCGAAGGUGCCACCGUCCUUGACGUAGGGUGUGGUACUGGUAUCCUCUCCCUCUUCGCCGCACGCGCAGGUGCCAAAAAGGUCAUCGCAGUGGAUGCCAGCGAUAUAGCUGAAAAAGCUGAAAAAAUCGUGAAAGCCAACGAACUUUCAGAUAUCAUCACCGUUGUUCGUGGAAGGAUUGAAGAUGUCAAUUUGCCUGAUGGAAUACAAAAGGUCGAUGUGAUCCUUUCGGAAUGGAUGGGUUACGCGUUGUUGUAUGAGAGUAUGUUGGACUCUGUUUUGACGGCUAGGAGACGGUUUUUGAGGCCUGGGGGUGUGAUGGCGCCUAGCCAGUGUAGGAUGAUGUUGGGACUAUGUGAUGCGUCGGAGAUUGUGAAGGAGAGGUUGACCUUUUGGAAUGAUGUGUAUGGUAUGGGACCCUGUGGCCUUUUUUCUGUCUGUUGGGUACCUAACGAAGUUCCUCCUUUGUUCUAGGUUUUGAUUUGUCGGUUAUGGCAGAAGAAGUGUUAGAAGAAGCCAUUGUUGACGUUGUUGGGCCUUAUACUAUGCUCAGCGAUCCCUGCGUCGUCAAGGUCAGUCGGAAACUCUUCAAUGCUUUUAUUCCUGAUCCUCUCCAUGUCUUUGCAUAGGACAUCUACCUUGCUGAAAUAACCACCCGCCAACUCGACUUUACCUCAUCCUUCAAACUCGUUUCAACCGUUGAACGCCGAACAAAAGUCACCUCCUUCAUCCUUUACUUUGACACCUUCUUCACCGCAUCCGGGGCACCCGUUCCACCAGACACAGAACCCCAAAUCGUUGGUGUGGGACAAGCGCAAGUUGCAGAGGUCUGGCCUGUUGGUGGGAAAGCUCCGCCUCAGAGGAGAGCUAGUCAGCAAUUGGAGGAGAGGAAGAUGGAGAGAAGAAAGACGGAGGAGGAGUCGGGGUUGAGGAGUAAGGAAAAAGAGAAACCGAGUGAGGUGGUUACGAGUUUUAGUACGGGCCCGAAGAGUGUUCCUACGCAUUGGAAACAGACGAUAUUUUUGUUGAAGGAGCCGUUUAUUGUUAAUGAAGGCACCAUCGUCCUAGGGCAAUUUUGUUGUCGGAAGAGUGAUUCCAACUCUAGGGAACUUGAUAUUGAGAUUCGGUAUACUGUUAAGGAUCCUGAGGAGCUCGCCGGGACGAAGAACCCGACGAGGAAGGAAGAUGUAGUUGUGCAGAUGUAUAAAGUUAGGUAGCAUUUGGCGCUUUUUGCGAUGACUCGACGUUUUGUCUUUAUUCAUUCAUCUAUUUUCUCUUUUCUCUCUCUUUCAGAUGAAAUGUUGUAUGUCGCGUAACUACUGAUUGUUUUCGCAAUGUUAGUAAUGUUCUAAGUUACCG